AUGGCUAUGAAUUCGGCGCUGUCUCGCACCACUGGCGCCCUCAUAAUUGCGCUGACGUUUUUCCCACUCAUUCUCGCCCAUGGCAAUAGUCAUGAUGAGGCCGAAAUGGAUGGCCAUCGAGGCCAGCAUCACGAAAGCGAUAACCCCAAGGAUGAUACUGAGUAUCCCCCAAGCUACUUCUCCCACCCUGACCAUGUUGGCGCAAUACACGCCCACAUCGCCGUCAUGACACUGGCCUGGGUUUUCAUUUUACCUGUUGCCGUAGUGCUCUCCUUGGCAAGGUCCAGAUACACCCUUGUCUUGCAAUUCGCAUUCCUGGUGACAAAUGCGGUUGGUCUUUUAGUGGGCACCAUUUACAAUGACCAAACCCCCGAUCUCUACCCGAAUAAUUCUCAUCACAAGUUGGGCUGGGUUGUCACUUGGAUUGUCAUCGCCCAAGUCCUCAUUGGCACGGUGGGAUGGGUUGCUGGAGCCGUGGCACGAACCACAAACCUUUCGGACAAUGUCACCCACGCCUUUCUCCCAGUUCCAACCGACGCACCCCAUGAUAGUCAAUACCGGAUACUUGACGACUAUCGGUCUUCUAAUCCCUACCGAGCAUCCGAUGACAGUGGACAAGGCACAGAGCCCAACACAGAAUCCUUACGAAACAGCUCCGUAUCAACCCUUGACGGUGUGGAUGACAUCCAAUUGCAGAGUCCCCAAAAGGAGUAUGGAGAAGAACCUGACGACUUGGAAUCCGUGUCACUCUCGUCCCCGAUUCCGAAGACUGCCAUUGGACGUCACGCAGCCAGAGUUGUUGCUUCGCGAGUCUGGAGGUAUCUGGAUAUCGCAACUCAGGUUGUUGACCGCACCAUUCUUCCCUUGGGUUUUGUUUCCCUCGCCACAGGUAUUGUCACAUUUGGUCGGUUCUUUGAGGGCGAUGAGAUCUUUGGCGGUCUUGCGCAUUGGGUCAAAGGUGGUGUCUUCUUCUGGCUUGGACUCUUCACCCUUGGUCGUUGGUCUGGCAGCUUCGCUGAGGUGGGUUGGGCAUGGAAUGUUCGCCCAAAGCGAUCUGGACGGAAAUGGUGGCCUUCUGCUGAAUUUGUCGAAAGUGCUCUGAUAUUUCUCUACGGCUCGACUAACAUCUUCCUCGAGCACCUCAGCGGUUGGGGAGGCGAAUGGAAGCCCCGGGAUAUGGAGCACAUUUCCAUCACAAUCCUCUUCAUUGGCGGCGGGCUGUGCGGUAUGCUCGUUGAGUCGACCAGGAUUCGGGAUCUUCUCAAUACGACAGCCGAUGAAACCGAGUUCGACCACCCUUACCACAACGACGAGGUCAAGCAAUCUAGCUCACCGGAAACCUAUGAAUUCUCUUUGAACCCCAUCCCUGCAUUGGUCAUAUUGAUGCUGGGGAUCAUGAUGAGUUCCCAUACCCAGUCCACAAGGACGUCGAGCCUUGUCCACCAACAAUGGGGCAAUCUUUUGCUCGGAGCAUCCUUCGCCAGAGGACUGACAUAUGUGCUCCUGUUCCUCAAACCUCCCAAGUCGGUUCUUCCAUCUCGACCUCCCACGGAGCUUCUUGCCUCUUUUGGCUUGAUUUCAGGAGGCAUAAUAUUCAUGGCAAGCGCCGGCGACACAGUCCAGGGAAUGAUCCAUUACAAUAUGGAUGCCAUGUUCAUGUACACGGUCACCAUGGGUUUAGUCGGGUCGCUGAUGGCCUGGGAGGUCAUCGUUCUUGCCAUCAAGGGAUGGGCUGUCCGCCGAGAGCGGUACCGUGAGUCGCAUCGCAUCGUAUAA